CUUCGUUGUCGUUCCGAUGCGACAACAACGUGGACGGAAUCCACCGCAAUGUCUCUCAACGCCCUCUGGCAGCAGUUCUUCCCUCCUGCACCGACCUUCACCGAGAAGGAUGUCCCUCCUGGCAGUCAAGGGGGAAAAGUCUUCAUCGUCACCGGUACGAAUUCAGGCGUAGGCUUCGAGCUCGUAAAACUUCUAUAUCCAUCCGGAGCCACCGUCUAUCUUGCUGGCCGUUCGCGAGAAAAGAUCGAACAAGCCAUCUCGGCGAUUCAGUCAUGCUAUCCUGGUGCCGAAACACCUGCGACUCUCCGACCUCUGCAUCUCUAUCUUGAUGAUUUGACAACGGUUAAGCCAGCUGUCACUGCUUUCGCGUCGCAAGAGAGGGGGUUGCGCAUCCUGUGGAACAAUGCAGGGAUGGGAUGCACAACUGGAUCAUCCUCAAAGCAAGGCCUUGAGAGCCACAUCGGAGCGAAUUGCGUUGCACCACUUCUGUUCACAAAACUGCUUCUCCCGUAUAUGAAGACCGCUGCGAAGACGUCAAACGAGGCAAGCGUACGCAUUGUAUGGACGGGAUCUGUGCGAAUCGAGAUGACUGCGCCCGCCGGUGGCGUUGACAUGGAGCGUAUGGAGAGCGGGAGGACCGGGACAGACCCAUGGACCGAUUACGCUGCCUCAAAAGCGGGAAACCUUUUCCUUGCUCAUGAAGCGGCCCAGAGAUGGUGCCGAGACGGUAUUGUCAACGUGUGCGAGAACCCGGGCAACCUGCUAACGCGAUCUAUGCAAGGGAGAGCUGGUUGUCCAUGGCCUUCUUGAAGAGGUUCGUCUUAUAUGAACCAAAGUAUGGAGCUUACACUAUGCUCUAUGCGGGCUUUUCACCGGAUAUCACCAUGGCACAUAACGGAGCAUACAUCUGGCCAUGGGGAAGGAUCCGUCCCAAUGCUCGCGAGGACAUUUAUCGAGCGAUCCAGGAGGGCCGGGCGAGGGAGUUUUGGGAAUGGUGCGAGACUCAGAUGGAACUGUACGUUGUUCACUGAGCCUAUCUACGGUCACUCUGGCAAAAGCUUCUACCAUGGCAUUCUAUGUUUGCUUAUGAUUGCCUCUUCCACUCCUCAUAAAGCACCUUCCCCCUCU